UUACAAAAAACACUAAACGUUACCUGAAAAAUCCUUGAAAUUCCCUAUCUAACGACCAAUUAGCACCCUGCUUGAAUUCCAAAUUGAAAUCUUGAAAUACCGGCUUAAAGUUAACCUGUUACCUUGCGCAUCAAAACAAUUGCUUCUCAUCCAAUCAUCUCUGAUCAUCUCGUUCAACCGUUGUUGUUGUUAUUGUUGUAGCGUGGUUGACUUGAAAGACUGAUAACGGAAAAAUUAAUUAACCAAAAAGCUACUUAAAUUGCAUACAGACAAGAUUAUUUAUGAAGACACCACACCAGAGAUUAGUUAUGACUGGCGAUCGCGAUGGGCUGAAAGAAUUGUUGAGGCGUAGACUGGUCGAAUGCGGAUGGCGGGAUCAGGUGAAGCUGAUUGCAAAGGAAAUAAUAAAGGAGCAUGGUCAUGAUGUCACCUAUGACACAUUGCUGUCCACAGUGACCAGCAGGGCUCGCACGCUUGUGCCAGACUCGGUGAAGAAGGAGCUGCUACAAAAGAUAAAGAAUCAGUUGUUGGCUCAAGAAGAGAAACUAAAAAUUGUAACAGAUCGUUAGGAGUCUUAUUCAAAUCGUCAUUAUCGAUCAUUGACAAUUUAGAAAUCCUAUUUUGAAUCAUCGACACAAUUACAUAAUCAGUAUAUGUGUAAAAGUUGCAAUUUUUUGUAAAUCUUUGCAAAUCAGUCUAACAAUUUAUUAUAUUACGUGACACAUAUUUAUUACAUGAAAUCUCGUUCAAUACAAAUUAAUAAUUUUUAAAAAGCGCAAGAUGUGAUACUUAAUUAACAAUAAACCAGGAUAAUUUAAUUAGAAUAUAUAUCUAAUCGAACAAUUGAAUGUAUCUGAUUAUAUACUUAAGGAGUGUACAAAUUGUGUGAAUAAAAUUCUAUGUAAUUUCCUAA